AUGGACGCAACAGAAAUUAUUGAGCUCUUUGAUUCAUGCUGGUUUGAGAUGGAAAUAUUCAAGAAACAACCAAUUUUAUCUAACUCAUCAAGUUUAGAAGCAAACCCAGAUCUUGAAAAUCAAGAAAACGCUUCGAAACCAGAGAUUUCAAGAGUUCCAACAAUCAUUGCAAGGUCUAUGAGUGAAGAUUUAUGCUCCAAAACAAGCUUCAGUUCGGGCUUUUCUUUCUCUCCAGAUUCAGUCCUGCGCGCACCAAAGCUCCACACCAUCCUCUCAGGAAAAGAAGUCACAGAUGAAGAAAACUCAACACCAACAGAGAAAGUAGAUGUUUUAGAGUCACCUAAACAGAAAGUUUCAAGGAGGAGAAAAGGAAAGAAACUUACUAGCAAGAGCUUAUCAGAAUUGGAAUAUGAAGAGUUAAAAGGGUUUAUGGAUUUGGGGUUUGUGUUCUCGGAGGAAGAUAAAGAUUCAAACUUGGCUUCAAUAAUUCCAGGAUUGCAAAGAUUUGGUAAGAAAGAUGAGGAAGAAACCAUUGUUGAUGAGCCUACAGUUUCUAGACCUUAUUUAUCUGAAGCAUGGGAAGUUCUGGAAAAGAAAAGGAAAGAGAAACCAUUGAUGAAGUGGAGAAUUCCUGCUUUGGGCAAUGAGAUUGACAUGAAGGAUAAUCUUAGAUGGUGGGCUCAUACCGUUGCUUCCACAGUUGGAUAA